AUGGUUGUUGUAGAGGAAUGGUUUGACACUUCAAGGAGAUGGAGUGGAGCAACAUUGGACCUUGCAGAAGAGUUGAUAUUAAGACCUGAUGCAAAAGAAAUAGGGGUUGUGUUGUGGCCUGGAUAUCAACUUUUUGAUUAUGAAAUAAGCAAGUUUCCUGAUCUCUUUGAAAGAUGCCACACUAAGCGGUUCUUGACAAAAGAGGAGAUGAAGAAAUUUCCUUCAAAGUAUAAGUCAGGAUUCUACUAUGAGAUGUACACAAUUGAGGGAGGCAGAUACAUGGCAUGGCUAAUGAAAAGAUUUCGUGAAAUAGGAGGAACUGUCCAAAUAAAACAAGUCAAAUCAUUUGAUGAGCUUGCAGACUCACAUGAUGUCGUGGUAAACUGUACUGGCUUUGGAGCCAGGGAACUUUGUGGUGACAGCUCAGUCGAGCCAGUUCGAGGCCAGGUUAUAAGGAUGAAAGCGCCUUGGAUAAAGACUUUUUAUAUUAGUACGUUGGCUAACCAAGGAAAAGGGGACGUGGCGUAUAUCAUUCCAAACUUGGACGCAAUAAUUCUUGGUGGUACCGGACAAGUUGGAGAUUUCAAUGAAGAAGUGGACAAAAACGACAAGGAAUAUAUAAUGCGAGAAACCUUGCUUCUAGAGCCUAGUUUAGCCAAUGCCGAGUUCAUUUGCGACAAUGUGGGUCUACGGCCUAGCCGUCCUACUGUUCGUCUGGAAAUUGAGGAUGUGGCGGUUUCAGGAUUGAAAUCAAAGAAAAGGACACUAAAGGUUGUUCAUAAUUACGGACAUGGAGGAGCAGGCAUCACUCUUCACUGGGGCUGCGCAGCGGAUGCUGUACAGUUGGUCUUGCAGUGUAUUGACCAAAGCAAAAAAUUAAAGCCAAUCUCAAAGCUGUAA